AUGCGGGGGACACUCCCUCAGAAGCACAGCAGCGCCAAACUCGCAGCCUCCCUACAUGGCAUUCGCAGGCAGGCGGAUCUUCUCCUUUUAGCUCGCCACUUUCACAAGGUGAGGACAUACGUGCAGCUGCAACAGCAAAGCACUCAUCUUAAGCGAUGUGCCGUCCUCCUGAAGCAUCAGGCCACCAGAAAGAUGGUGAUGGAUUACUUCAUUCGUUGGCUCGGCUUCACACAGCGCCAAGUGAGCAUCCGCUCUGGUCAGCGUGUACCUACAAAGAUUGUUCUGCUUCCCCGCGCCCAAGACUUUAUCAACUUGGGCCGCCGUUACUUGGCACGAUGGCGUCUUUGGCUCCGACGGCAGCGGCAACGACGGCAGAAGAAUGUUGCGCUCCUUCACAGCAAGUUGACGGAAACUCAACAACGCGAGAUUUUUUGUCAGUGGUGCUACUUUAUCUUCCAAAAGCAAAGGAAAACAUUUACAUCAUGGAUUAGUGAGCUAGAAUGCAGCAGUAAGCGCCAGACGGAACAUAUUGCACAGCUCGAAGCUGAGCUUCAGCAACACCAGAGCACCAUCAAGAAACUUAAGAAGGACGCAGAGAAACUUCAGGUACGUAACAUGGAACAACAAAAGAAGCUAACAGACAUCAACACAGCCGCAGAAACUGUUAUCAAAAGAUUUUCAAGAACGAGUGCGAAGGUAACGUAUGAUGCAAUGACACAUGCAACGAAGAAGACGAUACAGCAAGGAGGUGAGCUACCGUUUCGAUUGCUGACUGAAUUUGAGGACGUGGCCGAUGUGCUUGAAAAACUUCGGAGGACACUCCCAGAGGAUGCUGUGCCUCUGACAGGAUUUAAAGCCGUUGUAGAGUUUGCGUGCCAGAGAGCCACUGAAAUGAACGACACUGUUGCGCAGUUGAAGGAGGCAUUGCACGACACCAAGAGUGUGGCUGUCUUUGUUUUUAGGGUUUUGCAAGAGGGGGCGUCACGGAUUUUGGCGUUGGCCAACCAAACGUCUCUUGCUGAAUCUCCAUCCGUAGUGGCUGCAGUAGAGGAGAUGAGUUGGCCGCUGCUUCGGUGGGACUCAUACAGUGAUUCUGCAGUUUUGGAAGAGAGUCUUGGUGGGAGAGAGAGUCUGAAGGUGAUACAGGACCACUUGUUACGGGAGCAUCGACUGGUGGCAGAUGGUCCUUCCACCGCGAGUGUGUUACAGUUGUUCUGCGGGGCGUUGGGACAGAUGCACGAGACGCUGACGAAGUGCGAAAGCCGCUUCCUGGAGCAGAAGGGUUUGGCAGAGCGAGAGAGAGAAAAAAAGAUGAUACUUGCCAAAGCCGUGAAGGAUGCUGUCGCGGUGUUGCAGGGAUGGUCAGCUGCACCUACUGGCGCUGUGCCGGGGGGGAUGAAAGAGCAACAGCUUGCGACAGAGAUGCUACGCGAGAGUGAGGCGGCUGCUAACACAUUUGCACAUUUGCGUCAACUACUGAGCUGGGAGAGUGUGAGGAAAAACCAGCUGCCAUCUACCGGUAUAAACGACUCUUGCGGGGGAAAUUUCCCUUUUUUACAGGUGUCGGUUAUUGAGACGCAUGACCACCUUGUAAAUGCCGUCUUUCAAGUGUUUAACCGACUCAAGGAGGUUAGUAAGGCGUACAAUGAAGUUUACUUGGAAUUCCGUCAAUUUUUUCCUGAUUCCCCUCGCACUGACAACAACGUCCGCGGCAAUUUGAAUAUUUUAGCACCCCUAGCAGGCUUUCGCGACGACCCGGUUAAAUGGGCAGAGGUGGUUGUCCGUAGUGUGAAGGGCUACAUCCGGGGCAAGGAAAAGGAAGUGAGGGAGCUUCGAGGUGUGAUGCGGCGUGGCAUUGAAGCUCUUGGUGGCACGGAAGAGACUGAUAGCGACGACGAUAUUAUGGAUCAGGAGCGGAGUGCAGUUAAGAGUGCGAGGGUGGGAGAGAAGCUCGCACUGAUCUGCCGUGACACCGGUGACGCCAUUAGCACCGCCAGGGUAGCACUUGGAGUACAGGAGGAAGGCAAGUUAACGCUAUCUCAGGUGAUACCCAACCUAAAGGAAAAAAUGUGUGAGCUGAAGGUGGUCAUGACGGAGUCUGCCGCACUGAUUGAUGAAGUGAAAGUCUCCCUCACCGCCACAUCACAAAAGUGUCCCUUGAAUCUUUCACGAUGCCUAAAACCCAAACGGAAGCCGGUGGCGCUGGUGGUGAAUAACUUGGAAGUGAGAAAGCUUGACCAUGUUAAAGUCUCUUCUCCCAUGGCAGGAUCCAUUUCGCAGGAACCGGUGGAGAUCCUUCGAGAAUUGCGAAGGGUAAUGCAAGACAAAACGUUUGAAAUGCGGGAACUUCAGGGGGCAUGUCAAACCAUCCUUAGAAUUCUCGAUGGCGUCUAUCUCGUGAAAGCUGAUCUGCCGCAGUGCGGGGACUUGCUUCUGCCUCUUCUUGCGGCUCAGGCUGAGGAACUAAAACGGGGGUUGCGAGUUGCUGAAGCGGCACUUUCUGCCUCUGGGAUGCACGGUAACAGAAGCGUUGGGAACUUCCUCACGUUGCUUGCGUCGAAUGUAUCGUCGCUGCGCACUGAAAACGAGGCACUGCAAGAUGAAGUGAGUCAACGCAUUAAGCAAAUCAAGUAUUUGAUGACUGAAUUGACCGAGGAUUCGGCUUGCCUGAAGGCGCAGAAUAACGUCUUGAAUGCAAUGGUGAAGUCUUUGCGGGAAAAAUUUAUGAUGCAGAAACGAAUGGGGAAGCUUCGAGCAGAAAAGAUGAUGGAGAUAUUACGUUUGCGAACAGUCAAAGAGCACCUCUGUAGACGACUUCUAGUGUGGUUUGGCCACGUUGUGGUGAUGCGCAGUACAGAAGCAUGUGGUGCCGCUAAUGAGCAGAAAAGGCUUUCCUUUGAGGUUGUGCAUAAGCAGCAUCAACAAAACCAACUCGCCAAGCUACUUGCAACCGCCCUUCACUCGCUGCCAGGGGAGGCAUCACGGAACUCCGAUGUAUUAGACACAGAGUACACCUUAAUGCGGCGCGUGCUGGAGUGUGAGGGCGCGGCUCUUGAGGUUCUCGUACGGGAACGACUUGAUGCGGCAAAGGCGUGGAUGCGGUCCUUACUAUCCGUCCUCUCCGCCGUUGCGCCACUCCGAGCUGAGACGGUGGCGCUCCGUCAGUUGGUAGCAAGUGCCUGGGGUGGGAACGUGGAGGAGGAGUACCGUCGGAUAUUGGUGGACGCCUUUAAGAGUAUUGUGACUUUUGAUGAAGAGAAAGAACGGGGGUGUGCUUUCCUGUGGAAUUGCGUGCGGGACCGGGAUGAGGUUGAACGUGCAAACAUUGAUCUCGUCAAUAAGGUCAUGGAACUUAAGGAAGAGUUGAAGGGGGUGCAGGUGCAUAUCGUAUUGCAAGACGAGCAAAUCAUCAAACUGCAGCGGGAGAACAGGGAUCUUCAGAUAAACGGUGUGAUGUGUCGGGAUGCCGACGCGAACAACACUUUCAACGCUGUCACUCCCUCCAGUAACCUCCACACGCGUCCAGAAGCGGAGUGCCUCAUGCUUGCGCGGUCGAAGAAGCUGCUGCUAGAGGCUAUCAAGGCCAUGGCGGGGAAGGACCUUGCGGUGUGCAUUGGAGAGGUGGCUGAGCUCACACUGGAGAUGUACCGUCGUACAACAAGCGCUCUUGAAGAUAUCUGUGGUGCUCAGGAUGUGACGGUUGGUCCACUUCCUGCACGAACAGAGGCGCGGUUGCGGGAGUUACAAAACAUGCGUGCUGUUCAGAAUGACAUUCUGGAGCGCCUUCCGGAGCUAUUUCGGAUGCCGUAUGUUAGUUGA